UACCCAUUCUUUGUGCUGCAAACUUAAGAAAGCUUCUUUAAAUUUUUUUCAUCCCAGCAUAAGAAGGUUUCUUAGCAGGCUCGUAGCAGAAGAACUAAGAAGGCCACACAUUAAGGCUGCAAACCUUACCUUUCUCAAGGGAUGGGUAUGUUGCAGUCUAUCUUUCUCAUCCAGCUCAUCCUUUCCAUCUCCCUGGAAAUUGGCACUUGCGAAGGCGAUUGUACACCUGCUUCAUGCGGCUUAGACGAGCCUGAAAUUCGGAACCCAUUCCGGCUGGUAUCCCAACCUCAGCGCUGUGGCCAGCCAGAGUUCGAGCUCGCUUGCAGGGGCAACCAGACAGUGCUCAACCUCCCAUCUUCAAAGCAAGAAAUCAACGUAACGUCCAUCGACUACGAGACUGGAACUCUACUGAUUUCAUACCAGGAUAAUUGCUUAAUGUCCCUCCUCUUCAACCUCAAUCUUUCUGCCUCUCCUUACACUUAUUACCCGUUCAGCAUCUACUACGGACAGGUUUUGGAGCCAAUUCCUGAUUAUUACUUGGACUCUGUGGCAAGCAACUUCAAUUACACGCUCGUCGAUUGUUCAGUCGAUAUUGCAUCCCGCGUCUUCGACGGGUUAGCUUGCCUGGACCGUUCCGGUCAUCACUUUUACAUUGUAAAUUCUGCUAUGUUCUUGAGUGAGUUGCCCAACUCUUGCAAGCCAAUAAAGAGUGGUACAAUUCCCAUUACAGAUGACCCGGACUUCUACAUGAGUAGUUACUUCCCUUACUCGAACGAGCGUCCGUACCUUUUUCCUAACUACACUGACGGGACGUAUGGUCCACUACCACCUGUCCGUUUGAGAUGGAACGUGCCAGGAUGCAGCAAGUGCAGGAGGCGUGGAGGGAGAUGCACAUUCAAGAACGAAACCAGUAAUGAAACCACAUGUUUUUUCCCACCACCGCCGCCGCCGCCCUUCGACAUCGGGGAAUAUUACUCUUUCAAUGGCCACGAAGGUCUAUCGAGGAAGUCUGUAAUUGCAGGUGUGAGCAUUGGCUUCUUUCUUCUUGUUAUAGCAACAAUGACAUCUAUUAAGGUUUACACAUCUUGGAAAUCAAAGAGACUGAAAGAAACAGAGAAUCAACAAAAAGUUGAAAAGUUUCUAGAGAAUUACAAAUCUCUCAAUCCCACAAGAUACACUUAUUCCGAUAUUAAAAAAAUUACCAAUCAAUUUAAAUGCAAAUUAGGUCAAGGAGGUUAUGGAACUGUGUAUAAAGGGAACCUACCAAAUGGUGUUUCUGUUGCUGUUAAAAUCCUCAAAAGGUCUAGUGCAGAAGGCGGGGAUUUCAUUAAUGAAGUGGGCACCAUUGGCAUGAUUCACCAUGUAAAUGUUGUCCGUCUUUUGGGCUUCUGUGCCGAUGGAUUUGAGCGAGCACUUAUCUAUGAAUUCAUGCCAAAUGAAUCAUUAGAGAAAUUCAUUUUCUCAAAAGACAAUAAAAACCCGUCGCUAGGUUGGGAGAUGCUUCAAAACAUUGCCAUUGGCAUUGCUAGGGGGAUAGAGUAUCUUCACCAGGGAUGUGAUCAACGCAUUCUUCACUUUGAUAUCAAGCCACACAAUAUCUUGCUAGACCAAAACUUCAAUCCCAAGAUUACAGAUUUUGGGCUCGCGAAGUUAUGUUCUAAGGAACAAAGCAUUGUAUCCAUGUCAGCUGCAAAAGGGACUAUGGGCUACAUUGCCCCCGAACUGUUCUCUCGGAACUUUGGAAAUGUUUCCUACAAAUCAGAUGUUUAUAGUUUCGGAAUGGUGUUGCUAGAAAUGGUUGGAGGAAGAAAGAACACAGAUGUGAACGCCGAAAACUCUAGCAGAAUCUACUUUCCUGAAUGGAUAUAUAAUCGUCUACAUCAAGGAGAAGAGAUUGAACUCAAGAUUAUCGAAGAAGAAGACAGUAUGAUCGUGAAGAAACUAAGUAUUGUAGCACUUUGGUGCAUACAGUGGUACCCGGUUGAUCGCCCGUCUAUGAAAAGUGUGAUUCAGAUGUUGGAAGGAAGCAUGGAAAGCUUGAUCAUGCCGCCCAACCCUUUCGGUUCUACUUCGCAACCUGAAGCUUCUACGUCUUUCCCCAAGAAUUCUCAGAGCAAGUUAGAGGUCAUUGUUGAAUAAUAGGCAGGUAAUCAAGUGAUUCUUGUUUAUAUAAAUCUGCAAACUCGUUUCAUUUAGGUAAGUAUAUAAAUGCUUGAACGAUCUUUUACUCAUUAUAAUAAAGUUGCUGUUGAUGAGAA